AAACCCAACAACAGCUCACUUCGGUACAACAAGUGUUACUGCCGUAUCUUGCGCAGGAGGAUGCAGCGGCACAGAAAGUGCGGCAGCAGCUGGAGGUUGAGUUUCGCACCACGCUGAAUGAGCAUCAAAAGCAUUGAGGCAGCGCUGCGGAUAUUAGAAGAGAGAGAACGGAAAGAGCGGGAGAGGUUGGAGGCCGAGAAGAGGAGAAAGGAAGAGGCGGCGCGGGCAGUACAACAGGCCAAGGAGGAGGCAGAAAGGAAGGCGGCCGCCGAUGCCCUUGCAAAGCAAGAAGCUGACGCAGAAGCGAGACGGCAGGCAGCUGAGGCUGCCGCGAGAAAGGCCGAUGAGCAGAGAGCCACUGAAGCAAAGGAAGCACAGGACGCGGCAAAUCAAGCUGCCGCCCAGGCCGCUCAACAAUCAACGGCGCAAGCAGCAGCAGCGAUGUCCAAGUUCAUGCCUGACGAGGUGAUGGAGAAAGCGAAGGAGCGAAUGGCGCUCAUCGACAGCAUCAAAGCAGACCUCAAACCGCUUUUCAAAUCCGGAACGAACUCAAACAUGACGAAUGCCGUUUUCAAGGCGAAAAUGACCUUCACGCGUCGUUUGGGACAAGUAAUGAACUCCCAGAAGAAGAUUAUUGAGAUUGCAAAGGACAUCGACCAAGUAUUGAAAGGCGCCAAGUCGGUCAGCUCGGAGGCGUAUAGGCUAUGCAUGGACAUCCUGGCAAAGCAGAUUAUAAAACAAUGCGAAAACGAAGUGGCCGUCAAGAUGGACACCGCUUUCCCGCUCGCCAUUCUGUGUAUCAUGCUCUAUAAUGCGCAUCCAGAUUUUCUGGACAUUUUGCUAGGCAAAAUGUCGAAACGAUGUCCUUACGUUGUUCCAUAUUUUCCUGCUCGGUUAAAAGGAGAGUCCGACGACGACUUCCGUCUCAAAUUAGGCUACAGGAAAAUAGUCGAGUGGGAGACGAGAGCUCAGUACGCGGAGCGAAUGGGCGGAAUCCUUGCGCUUUAUGCGGCUAUUGUACAAACGGAUUCGGUACCGCACAUUCAUGGAAUAGAUUUCGCGUGGAUAUGGCUCUCGCGGAUGCUGAAUAUGAAGCCAAGGCGCGUGUCACCCGGCUUGAUCUUGCGGUUUUUGGAGAUGGCAGGAUCACAAUUCCUACCGCGAUUCGGCAAACAAGCUGAGAAGAUGAUCGUCUACAUUCGGGACGUCUACAUGCCCAUGAUACCCGCAGACGCGGUGGCCGCAGCCACCCGUCUGCAACUCUUUUUGGACGACGUGUGCAAAACUGGGCGAGUGCCGGUCCCCGAGGGACGGUCGUUAUUGCCGUAACACAUUGAGCGUGCUUUCUUCCGGAGAAUGCUUUUUAAUGUCAGAUUCAUAGCGCAUAGUCCUGUAUAUAGA